AUGGCUCCUGUUGAUAAAAUUCCCGGCGGCGAUUUCGGCGGCGAUUUCGGCGACGACCUCCUCGUAUUAAGCCUCGACCAAGCCCGGCAAAUCAACCAGUUCCGUAUACAGAUCCGCCUUUGCGAAACCGACACGGAGAAAUAUAAGGUCUGUACGCAGACCCGAGACGACGUGCUCGAGCGGCGUACCGAGGUGCAGCUCUUAGUGUCUGCUUAUGAGCAUAUCAUAAUGGACGAGUAUGUCGG